GCUCCCAAUACAUCUCUGGAGUUGAAUUUAAAUAGCACUGCGACGAACCUUCCAAAGUUUUUGAAACAGAGUAAGCCAGAAGCCAUGAUUGUCGAACGUGUUCAGUCAAUCUCACAGCAUUUCCAGCCUGGCAUGGCGCAGCAAACCAUGAAGGCCGUCGUGUUCCACGGGAAGAACGACUUGAGGUUUGAGGACGUCGCCGUGCCGCCCGUGAAAAAGGGGCAAGUCAAAAUUCGGCCAUCAUGGUGCGGCAUAUGUGGGACAGAUCUCCAUGAAUAUCUUGGAGGCCCGAAUCUUUGCCCAACAACACCGCAUCCCCUCACCAAAGAGACCGUCCCUUUGACAUUCGGACACGAGUUCAGCGGCGUCGUGGACGACGUAGGCGAAGGAGUGACCAAGUUUAAGAAGGGUGAUCGCGUCGUGGUACAGCCAAUCAUAUACGACGGGACCUGCGGCGCAUGUACAUCUGGUCAGAUCAAUUGUUGUUAUAGCAACGGAUUUGUUGGUCUCAGUGGCUACGGCGGCGGCCUUGCAGAGUACGUCGUUUUGGACGAGUCCUUUGUGUUCCAUUUGCCGGACAACGUGUCUCUCGAGGUUGGAGCCAUGGUUGAGCCGCUUGCCGUGGCAUGGCACGCCGUCAAGAUGGGCGAAGUCACAUCGGAUGAAUCCGUGCUUGUGUUAGGCGGCGGGCCGAUCGGACUCGCGGUGAUUCUUUGCCUCAAGGCGCGCGGCGUCAAGAAAAUAAUCGUGUCCGAGGUCGCGGAGAGACGGAAGCAGUUUGCACUGGAACUUGGCGCGCACUACGUCCUGGACCCGACCAAGGACGACGUGGCGGCACGGUGCAGAGAACUGUGCGAAGACCAGGGAGUGCACAAGGUUUUCGACGCUGCCGGUGUACAGGCUGGGCUGGACGCUGCUAUAGAUGCUGUUCGAGCACGGGGUACCAUCAUCAACAUUGCAGUGUGGGAGAAGCCCUGCUCCAUCGAUGUGAAUAAGAUGGUGUUUAAGGAGCGCAAGUACCUAGGCAUUGCGACGUACGUUGCAGGCGACUUCCAGGAAGUCAUGGAAGCGUUGUCGAAUGGAAGCUUGAAGCCGGAGUCUUUGAUCACCAAGCGGAUCAAGCUGAAUGAGGUCGAGUCGGAGGGAUUCUACUCACUGAUCCACGAUAAGGCGAACCAAGUCAAGGUUCUCGUGGAGAUCAACGGCGGUUGAGCCGUGCUCUUGUGUAUUUAGUAGCAUUUGUUUAAUCCUCGCUGACCGGUUCUGGUCGCGUUGAAAAGACUAUCUUGUGCCUAAC